ACCAACCCCGGGAUUUUUCAGAGUGCCCACUCAUGAGUGGCUGACUAUCUCUGUUAUUUCUACUCGCCCAAACGAAAUAAGUAGAGGGUGGGCAUUGGAAAAUGGCUGAAUGCCUGGAGACAACGUACAAUCCGGAGGUGGUGGAGCAUGUUCGCAAGGAGCAGGAACGUCGGGUGGUUCAGGAGGGCACUACCAUGUGGAAGAAACGAAAGGCGGAGUUGCAGCAUCAGAAGCAUCGGGAACAGCGUGAAUUGCGGCAGAUGCAGGCUAGCUACUCGCCCUGGGGCAAGCCGGGGGGUGGGGCGCCCUGUGAGAGAGCUUUGAGGAAGAAGAACGUCCAUCUUGAGCCGUUGGAGUUACCCAGAAGCAGUGGACAUGGUCAGCUGGCGAGGCAAUACUACCCAUGGGGACGUCCUGGUCCUGGUGGUGCGCCAUGGAGAGAUCCAAGGAUGCUCGGUGUACGAUUCCUCGAGUCCAUGGGGUGGACGACGGGAUCAUUUCUAACUCGAGUCCGUGGGAAAGAUGUUAUCGACCCACUAGCAUUGACCGAUCCUAAUAAAUUCUUUGAUGAACGCGCUAGGAAAGGGCUCACUCCCGACCCUCACCCCCCGUCACCACCAAUUCCCCAUCGUGACGGAUACAACGAAGAAAUGCAAGUGUACAAAUUAACCGGAGGGGUUGAACUGGUGCCGCUGCUAACCACCAGAAGACACUACUCUCAUCCAUCAUGCACGAGGUAUUUAACAACUGAUGCAACGAGGCCCGGUUACACGAUAGACAGCCUGCGGUCGGUGAACAUUGGAAAUCGUGAACAUAUCACUGCCCUCACCGAGCAAAUGCAUCGAAAACGGGAGAGAGCACUGGAGGAAAGAAGAAUAGAACAGGAGGGCUGCAGACGGCACUUCGACACCUGGAAAAAGCUGUGGGGUAGGCCAGGUCACGGUGCCCCGAUGGAUCACUACUAUCGAACGGAUUUACAUAGCAUAUUGUACCGAAUGCCAGUCUAUUAA